UCGCAGGAUGGAUAGUUACUACGGAAGACCAGACGAUGGCGCACGAAGUCCACAGUCUGGGAGCGCACAUAACCAUGACUUUCAUUGCGCAUCUCUUGGUUUGAUUUCUGUAGGAAGCAAAUCGAGUUUUUAGAGGGUGGCAUCACUUUGUGCCAUUGAUUUUAUUGUGGACAAGACAUAGGAUAGUGUCAUACAACCAUAGGCCUACCAUCAUGAAAUCAUUAUUGAGACCAUAAUGGGAUGGAAUGGGCAAAAUCCAUUCUUUGUUUGAAUACUGGUAGGCCUACCAAAAGAGAUGGGAAUUAAUUAAAUACUUUCAUUGUGCUGUCGACCAUCAAAUUGAUGCACAAUGCCUAAAAUGAUCACAAGGGAGCAUGGAGAUGUUGCGAGUCUAUUUUUCUCACCUUCCACCAGGUUGCCAAACUUGUGGCGCUCAACUGAUAACUCCACCCAUCAGCACUCCUUGUCCACUCCCAAGGUGGAUGGAAAUCCAUUGCAUUGAAGUUUGACGAGAGGGGAAAAGUUUUCUCUGCGCCAGACCAAAUAGACAAAUCUCUCAAAUCCAAAUUUCGCUUCCUCUCCUGAAGGAUUUCUUCUACCUUGCUGUAUUUCACUACAUUCCCUUCUAACUGCUAACAGAGCCCAGGUGCCAUGAACUGGGGAUUUCUCCAAGGCCUCAUCAGUGGGGUCAACAAGUACUCUACGGCGUUUGGCCGUGUCUGGCUGUCCAUAGUCUUCGUCUUCCGAGUCCUGGUUUUCGUAGUGGCAGCCGAGAAGGUCUGGGGAGAUGAGCAGAAGGACUUCAAGUGCAACACAGCCCAGCCCGGCUGCCACAACGUCUGCUAUGACCACUUCUUCCCCGUCUCCCACAUCCGCCUGUGGGCCCUGCAGCUCAUCUUCGUCACCUGUCCAUCCUUCCUAGUGACAAUGCAUGUGGCCUACAGGGAGGACCGCGAGAAGAAGCACGCGCUCAAGUAUGGCGAGGGCUGCAAGCGCCUCUACAAGAACACGGGCAAGAAGCGCGGAGGCCUGUGGUGGACCUACGUCCUCAGCCUGGUCUUCAAGGUGGGGGUGGACGGCACCUUCGUCUUCCUGGUCUACCACAUCUACGAGGGCUACCACUUCCCCUCUCUGGUCAAGUGCACCCAGGUGCCGUGCCCCAACACGGUGGACUGCUUCAUCUCCAGGCCCACGGAGAAGCGCAUCUUCACCCUCUUCAUGGUGGUGACCAGCAUGGUCUGCAUCCUGCUCUCCCUGAUCGAGAUCAUCUACCUGGUGGGCAAGCGCUGUGUGGAGAUAGGCAAGCGGGUGCGCACCUCCCGCCAGAUGACGGUGGCUCCCUCCAUGAUGGAGGUGAGGAGCGUCAAGAACUUGGUGAUGGAGAACCACCGUGAGAAGAGGCACAGCAAAGACACGGGCAGCCCGGCGCCAUCUUACAGUGCCGUGGUUUCCAAGACAUGACCCCACUCACUCACUCACUCACUCACUCACUAGAGACCUAAGAAACAAACUCACUGCCACGAGCAAAGGGAUCAAUACAGGGACCUCAUUCUAAAGACUUGAGAGUUACUAGAAGCUGAUUUUUAACACUUCCUCUGUGUUAAAGUGCCAUACUGUAUUGUUUCUUUUUGUUUUCAUCUAUGCACUGAAACUGUAGAUUUGAUAGCUCAAUGAAGUUACCAUGACUACUCCCUGGCCCACUGCAUUCCCCUACAGCUCCUCAUCAUGUGUAAGCCACAUGCACACCCCCUCUUACAGUUUGGGUUGAAGGCAAAUAAACCCUGACUCUAAAGGAAUCCAUCAUUUUCAGGCAAGGAAACCAAACAAAUCAACUUUGAACGUCGUUGCUGUGGUGUAUUUGUUCAGUGAACACACCUCAGACUGUUGUAAUAGUGAAACCACUCUUCCUGUGUGUUCAUGUAUUAAAUACGGCAUUACGUACUGUAGAGGGAUUGACUACAGGUUCAGUGAGCACUGGUCAUUUUAAAGUCAGGAAAGGAUACAAUUCAAACUCUGCCCUGGGCUGAAUGUAUUUGUGGUAUGCACAAAAGUUAUGCUGUCAAACCUCUUUCUACUGCCCACACCCUAGGCCGUUUGCUGCCAGAUCAAUGUCUUAUGGCCGCCACAUGUUUCUUGCCGUGUUUGUGUGAUUGCGGUUGUGUGGCUACUAAAGAGAAAUGUGUUGGAUUGUAAAUUAUUCAUGUUAUUAUUGUAGUAUUGUAUUUUGACUUGCACAAAGUUGUACAUUUGCUGUUAUAUUUUUGAAUUUCGUUCUUAUUAAACAGCCUUUUUCCUUUGGACAAAAGGGCAACUGGUUUCCCCACAUUCUAAACAAGCGGAAGACAGAUUCAGAAUAUGAAUUCUGUGAAUUUUCUGGUUUCGUCCUCUUUUGUUUUGUAGUCACUGGGCAGAGAUUCUGCCACGUGGACAUCAUACCCUGCUUGGACCAAAGGCGACUAUCAGGAAAAGCCUAAUCCAAACAGAACAUAGCUUGUUUACGUACAUGAUUCGCAUGUAAACUGCCUGCUUCUGUUCUGCUCUCAAAAACUUUCCUCAGUCUUAACCUGUUUGUGUCUCCAUUAAAUUCAGUGGAAACAUUUUUUUAUAACAACGAUGGUUAUAGUUCCUUCACUCUUGUUAAUGGGCCAUAUUAUUUCUCUGACACAGUUGAUUUUGUUAAUAUAUUCUAUAUUAUAGGCCUAGUGUUAUAUUAUGAGUAGCAUAAAAAAUGAGAAUCACAGGGUCAGAGUGUCGGGGUAAUGAGGUCUUCGGGCAAUGUAAUUUGGUUUCUUUUAUCUUCAGAAAAAAAAAUACCAUAUAUUGGAUGUCAUAUCCAAUUUACAUAACACAGUCAUGAUGGCUAGAUAGAUAUGUAAUAAUGUGUAAUAGCCUAUCAACACAGAUGACUCAAGCUGAGAAGAAUCAUGCUUAACGUCAGAAAAUAUAUUUUUCCACAAAUAACUCUUGCGUGAAUGUCAAUUUGUCUUACAUUGUGCUACGGUCACCUCUCAUUGUUAACUUUCACACGGCUCACCCAGUGAGAGAAUUUUUUUGCUCGUCAAUUCCUGGGAUGGGCCUUGGUCUAUACAAUGCAUGCAGCGCACCUCUGUUAAAUCUACACAUCAAGAUAAGCAACAGAAACAAGUUUUCCCCUCUUGCCUCAGUGGUGAAUCAAACAGCAGCUUUUUCUUGGGAUUAAAUUGGCAGUUUUCAAUAGCCGACCUGAGCUUUGUGUGUGGUAGAAUAGAUGUCUUGGCUAUUGGGUUACCGUCUUUUGUUCACACCUUUGUGCCCCCCUGUU